GCCAUGACUGGGUAUCUCUGUCCGUCCGUGUGUCUGUUUAUAUCUAUAUAUCCCGUUACGGCGGAAGAGGGAUGUUGUGUUCUGUACGUGUGUUGUUUUGUAUAUGGUGGAAUAUGGGAUGGAAUCGGAUGGGAUGGAAUGUGGGAUAUUGGGGGGGAAAAGGCCGGCAAUGGCGGUGAUGUUACUGGGGUGCCGUGCUUGGUUGGUGGCUUUCUCUUUUUUUUUUUCUCUUCUGUUUCUAUCCGUCACGACGUAUGAUGUCAAUGCCAAGUGUCCAUGUCGAUAUUCCUCGAAUGCGAGGAAUAUAUAGAUAGAGCUAGCUAGUGUUUGGAACGCGGCCGACGAUGUAGAUGGCGCGCGUACGGGGUAAUGUCGUAUAUAUCCUAACGUAUAUUGCUGAGUUCCCGUGGGUCUAUGCACGUCGGUGAACGGCCUUUAUCUUUGGCCAUAGCCUAUAGCCCAG